GUUUAUUGUUUACAUUUCAUCUUCUCCCGGACCCGGUGUGUCCUAAAUUUACGAAGAUAAGGUUGAGCUAGAUCUAGACAUAGAUCUAGUACUCUAGGUCUAGAUACUAGAUCUAGAUUUAUUCUUAGAAUCUAACAAAUCCGGUAGAGCUCUUUUAGUAUUUCAACAUCUUUAAAAUUCUGUGGAUUUCACAAGCGAAGAGUCCAUAUUGAGCUCAGAAUAUAAUCCAGAGUAGAAUGAAGACACUUCUAGUAGCGAGUCUUGCUCUUUGCAUUCUACCAGCGGCAUUUGCCGGAGACUUUAAGGAAAUGUUUGCAGAAUUUGAAAAAUUGAAGCACAAGGUACCUGCAGCCAGUGAGCGCAAUUUUGAUAUAGGAACACACAGAUUUAGGAAUUGGGAAGACAAGCAAGAGGAUUCUAGAGCGAAUGGCGAAGUAGAUCUCCUUGUGGAUAAAGUUCGAAUGAAGACAAUUCUGACUGAGAAAUUGGAGAGACUGACUAACGACUAUGAGAGGCAGAGGAAACAGUUUAUAUCACAGACAAUGUGGCGCUUCCUAAAACUGUGCCCUGGAGCCAACAACGCAGCAAACUUAUUGGAAAGACUUGAUGAUGAGACGUUCCUUGAACCAAGCAACACAUUAAAUCAGGUCACUAACUGGACUCCUAAUAUCACAGUCAACACAAGUGACGCCCACAAUCAGACUCAACUUCGAUGGUUUGCUGACCUGAAACGUGAUGAAAGGCUCCAGUAUAUCAUGUAUGGGAUGCUGCAAGUUAUGUGCGGCGCAGCACAGAAUCUAGCUGGCCAGGUGGACAACUAUCUUCAACAGAGUGAGACUGAAAAUUGCCCUACUGCAUGUACCAGAGAAUAUAUGCCGAUGUGCGGCACUGACGGAGUGACUUAUGGGAAUGUGUGUAUGCUCAAUGUUGCGAUAUGUCAAACAAACGGCCGAGUCCAAAAGGCGCAUGAAGGAGUUUGCUCUUAAGAGACAAAUAUGAUCUGUGACAUCUAUUAGUCUAUUAUUUAUAUAUUUAUUUAUGUAUUUGUGGUUCUAAAGUUGUCUGCAAAUAAAUUGAAAUGUAUUAAAAUAAAUAUGUAACAAGAGCUGUCAAGUCUUUGGAUGCUUGUUUUCAUUGAGCGCAGAACAAAAUAUAUGUAAAAAUGAUAUGCGCCUAUACAAACUGUAUAUUUCACAUUCACAUUUUUGUUUUACAUCAAUAAAAGUAUUUCCUACAAAUUACACAAA